UUCAUUAUUAUUACUGUUAAAUAUCAACUCUUAUCAACUCCUUUUAAGAUUCUUGACAGACAAGGCCAACCCAUCUAUAUAUAUUUAUGCAAUCAAGAAACUGACUUGAAACAAUUCCAACUUCAAGCAAUGAAUGUUCAAAGCCUUUUCUCUCUUCCUUUACUCUUUCUUCUUCUUUUCCUCUUGAACACAGCUCAUGCUCAGCUUCAUGUAGAAUAUUACAGAAGCUCAUGCCCAAAUGUUGAAGCAAUUGUGCAUGCUGCAGUCAAACAGAAGUUUCAGCAGACAUUUGUGACAGCUCCAGCCACUCUGAGGCUCUUCUUCCACGAUUGUUUCAUCCGGGGAUGUGAUGCUUCAAUAAUGCUAGCUUUUCGGAACAAUUCAGCAGAGAAGGACAACUCUGAUAACCUUUCGCUCGCUGGAGAUGGGUUUGAUACGGUGAUCAAAGCCAAGGCUGCUGUUGAUAAAGUGCCCCAGUGCAGGAACAAGGUUUCUUGUGCUGACAUUCUGGCCUUGGCCACAAGGGAUGUCGUAAGACUGACUGGGGGACCAUAUUACAGAGUUGAAUUGGGAAGACUUGAUGGGAGGACUUCUACAAAAGCCAGUGUGAGACAACAUCUUCCUCAUCCUGAUUUUAGGUUAGACCAGUUGAAGUCGAUGUUCGCCUCCCACGGUCUCUCUCUAACCGAUCUCAUUGCACUCUCAGGUGCACAUACAAUUGGAUUCUCGCACUGCAACAAAUUCACUCACCGGAUAUACAGUUUCAAAAGCCAGAACAGAAUUGAUCCAACGAUGAACUUGGCAUAUGCAAGGCAUCUCAAACAAGAGUGUCCAGCAAAUGUAGACCCCAGAAUUGCUGUUGACAUGGACCCAACCACACCCCAAAAGUUCGACAAUGUCUACUACAAGAACCUUCAGCAAGGAAAAGGGUUGUUUACUUCUGAUCAGUCUUUGUUCACUGACGCCAGAUCAAGAAAAAUUGUCAAUUUGUUUGCAGCAGACGCCUCCGCCUUCGAACGGGCUUUUGUGGCUGCCAUAACAAAGCUUGGAAGAUUUGGAAUUAAGAAUGGAAAGCAGGGUGAAAUUAGGCAUGAUUGUGCUGCUGUGAACUAAGAUUAUGUAGUAUUAUGCAUUAUAGCUUUGCUUGUAAAAAACUAAUUAGCUAAGUUUUUCUAAUUAAUUUCAUAUGUAAUAUUUGCUUAUUUUGACCAUCAUCAUUCUUGGCUCUGGUCCCAUGCCAUUGUCUCACGAAAUGGGAGAAAAGCAAUUAGGUGAGAAGGAUUGUGA